AUGACGGAGGCUGGGCAAAGCCUACGGGACCCCAGUCGCCUGAUGAGAAGAGGGGGUACUCAUCAUCCGACCAGAUUCAUUAGUCAACAGAUCAUCCAUGUUGACCCUGCUUCCAACAAAUCCAAUGCAGUAAAUUAUUGCAAACAGUUUUUACGUUUUGGAACAUGGAACGUUCUAUCUCUUGUCAGCUCAUCUACACAGCUCUACCAACUUAGUAAAAACAUUGAUCAGUACAGAUUGGAUUUUUUGGGGAUCACCGAGACUCACAUGCCUGGAUCUGGCACCACUCUACUGGACAAUGGCAGUCUACUCAUCCAUUCCGGUAGAGUCGACGGGAUCAAGAGACAGGGAGUCGGUCUCAGUCUUUCAAAACGAAUCAGAAACUCCCUGAUAUCGUUCACUCCCACAUCGGAGCGGGUUUUAACUGCUAGGCUGCAUAGUAAGCAAAUCAACAUCUCUGUUGUUGUGGCCUAUGCUCCAACUGAGGAGAGUGAGAAAGAUAAGUUUUAUAGGACACUCACAGAUACAUUUGAUGGGCUACCUCGUCACGAUAUCAAGUUACUGCUCGGCGAUUUUAAUGCAAAAGUAACAUCAGGCAGAUAUGGAAGUGAAGCGGUCAUCGGUGGGGAAUCACUCCAUAGCUCAUCAAAUGACAACGGGACAAGACUUGUGGAUUUCUGUGCGACGAACCAGCUUGUCAUCGGGGGAACUCUCUUCGAGCACAAGAACAUUGACAAGGGAACAGGGCGGUCCCCCAACGGGCUCACCGUCAAUCAGAUAGAUCAUAUCUGCAUUGGAAAGCGGUUUCGUCAGUCACUUUUUGAUGUUAGGGUAUGUCGCGGGGCAGACAUCGGCUCCGAUCAUUAUCUGGUUCUAGGACUGCUGAAAAUCAAACUUCAGUCAGUGACAAAGAUCAACGCCAACAGGCCCAAUGUGCCUGCCAUUGAGCGCCUGAGGGAUAGUACUACGGUUUUAGAGUACAAUGUGGCUCUUCAAAACCGAUUUGCAAGUCUGGAUAGUGAGGUCGACCUCGAGGAUAUGUGGCGUAAUCUCAGUCAGACCGUCACUGAUGUUUCACUGGAGGUACUAGGCAAAAGACCCCGGAAGGCAAAGGAGCAACACCUGUCACGGAAGACCAAGGAUUUAUUGACUCAGCGGGCACAGUUUAAGCGCAAAGACCCAAACUCGGACACUAACAGGUCAGAGUAUUCUAAACUUAAUAAGUUAGUCAAGAAAAGCAGCAAGCUAGACGACAAUAACUGGGCAGUUAGAGUAGCUACUGAUCUUGAGGAAGCAGCGAGCAAAGGUCAGCAGCGUGAGGUAUGGGCAAAGAUCAAGAAGAUCUCUGGUAAGAACAAGAAGCCUCAAGCAUCUUGUGUCCGGGACAAGGACGGUAGGAAGAUCACGGAUCCCCAACAGCAGAGGGAUAGGUGGAAGGAGCACUUUACUGAACUUCUGAACCCCCCAUCAUCAAGUGUCAACCUUGCCGACCUUGAUACAGUACCACCCCAACCCCACUUUAACUCUCUCUCUUGUUCGGAUGGACCACCCACCAGAGACGAGAUUAGUUAUUCCCUGACAAAGCUUAAGAACAACAAAAGCCCAGGAGUGGACGGGAUAACUAACGAGCAACUGAAGUAUGGUGCGAGUGCUCUAGUUGAUCAACUAGAGUGUCUAUUCAAGAAAGUGUGGGAAGAAGAGACUGUUCCUGAAGAUUGGUUAAAGGGUGUGAUCAUUGUUAUUGGGAAGAAAGGAGACACUUCAGUCUGCGGGAACAACAGAGGGAUCACCUUAAGGUCUACAGCAUCCAAGCUUUUUCAGAUGAUUCUUCUUAAGCGGUUACAUGCUGGUAUGGAGUGUCUCCUCAGGGAGAAUCAGUGCGGAUUUAGACAGAACCGCUCAUGUAUUGAUCAGAUUUAUUCUCUCCGAACUAUUAUUCAUAACUGUCUUGAGUUUAAAAUUCCUCUUUACAUUAAUUUUGUGGAUUUCAAGGCAGCGUUCGAUUCUAUCAGAAGGGACUUUAUUUGGUGCAGUAUGAGACACUAUGGGCUGCCUGAAAAAUAUGUCAGAAUAUUUCAGUCAUUUUUUGGGGGUACCAUGAGUGCCGUGAGGGUUAAUGGGGAGCUGACAGACUGGUUUGAUGUUAACUCAGGCACAGCGAGGCUGCACAGUCGACAUAUCAACAUUUCGAUUGUGAUAGCUUAUGCCCAAACAGAGGAUGCAGCAGGCGGGGUAAAAGAUGACUUUUAUCAGCAGUUAUCUGGGGCAUUUGAUGAACUACCAGCUCAUGACGUGAAGUUUUUAAAUGCCCGCAGUGACCAAGAUAACUCAGCUUGGUCCGGUGUGAUUGCUGCGCUACCAAUGGAGGAGAAUCUUGAUGGAGAAUGGACAUUAGUUAGGGAUACUAUUAAAGAAGUGUCUAUGGAGGUACUGGGUGAGCGCCCCCGGCGCAGAAAGCAGCAGCAUAUGUCCAGGAAACUAAAAGCCUUAUUGCAGAACGCAGUAAGAUCAAACAGAAGGCUCCUAGUGACAGCAACAUUGAACAACAGGAGUGAAUAUUUUCGGGCCAACAAACUUGUUAAAAAGAGCUGCAGGAAAGACGACGAGAAUUGGGCUCUUAGAGUUGCAGCAGAUCUGGAAACAGCUGCUGUCCAUGGCCGGCAAAGGGAAGUCUGGCAACGGAUAACAACACUGUCCGCAAACUCUGUCUACACAGCAAAGCAGAACAUGAUACGGAAAGCUUCCGAUACUGACCUCUCUACGAAACACCUAAUUGCUGACGCUGUUGGACCCCUCUCUUUCGAAGCCAUGUCAAAACUCAACUGUCAGCAGGAAUCCCUCACUAAGAUGGCACGUGGAAGAUCAACCAGAAGAUGCUCAGACAACCACCUCCUCCCCGACUGA